CUUCCAGGGUGCAAGUACUGAACCGUCCGUGCUAAAAUAUGAAUUUUAGCAUAAUUUGCAGAAUGUGUUCCGAACAGAACAUCAAACUGAAAUCGAUUUUUAGUAGCGACUACGUGGAGCAAAAUUUGUUAAAUAUUAUCACCGAUAUAUUACAACUUUCAGUCAGUGCGAACGAUGAACUUCCUUCCGGAAUAUGUGCCCAAUGUGCUAGUCAACUGUUUGAUUUGCAAAAAACGAUACAAAAGUUCCGACGGAACGAGCAAAUUCUUCGAGAUCGAAUUUUGGAUCAUACAAUUCGAAACUCUGAGGAAGUUGAAAGAAACCAAGAACUUGUUCUACUGAAACAAGAGCCAUACGACAUAGAAAAUUCACUGGAGAUUGAAACUAAUCCCGUUGAAGACCUUCCUGCAAAUAAAGAAAUUAAAGAUCAGGAAAACACUGACACAAGAAAAGAACGAAAAAAACAAAAUGAGAAUCAGUCACAUCUUGCCAAACCCAGAACCACAUCUAUCACUAGCAGGCCAAAGCAAAACGACAAUAAAUGUUACAUCUGCAAAAGUGAAUCUAUGGUAUCUGGAAAAGCGCUCCUGGAUCACCUUGCAACACAUACGGAUCUAAUUCCCUACACCUGUUCCGAAUGUGAAAUGGAAAAAAUCAUUCUUAUGACUGUAAGAUCGUUAAAUUUGCACAAAAAAAUGCACGCCCAACCCGUAAAGUGUAAAUACUGUGACCGGAGAUACAGUGACGAAAGAGCACGCGAAGGUCACGUGAAGACUUUUCACCUGGGUGAAGGCGCUCCCUGUCCGUCUGCCUGCGAACAGUGUGGAAUCGUUUGCAGUUCGGCGGCAGCACUCAAGCGCCAUCUCCGUGAUCACAAAAAUAAUUUAAAAUGCGAUCAGUGCGAUGAGAUAUUUCACCGGAGGUACAAACUAAAGGAACACGUUGCACGAGUGCACGAAAAUCAACCAACAGACAUAUUUGAAUGCAAUGUUUGCCAUCGAGUAGUGCACUCUCUUGGAAGUUACAAUGCUCAUUUGAAAAUGCAUAUCAGUGGCAAAACAUAUCAAUGUGAGUUAUGCCCGAUGAAAUUUCAUACCGCUGGAAAUAUGCGCCUCCAUAAGAAAAUUCACAUCGACAAUCCCAAUUAUAAACCACACAGAGAUUGGAGCGGACAUUACACGGUGCAUCAUGAACCAGGACAAGACAAAAUUUUCUCUUGCAAGCUGUGUGGAAAAACCUUUACGAAAUCCAUUAUACGGAUAAGCAAUCACCUCAAACUGCACUUUAAAGAGAUCGAGUGUGACCAAUGUCAGAGGAAAUUUGUGAACGAAUCACAAUUGAAAGCUCACUAUGCAGUACAUACUGGCAUACGACAGCACAAGUGCGGGUACUGUGCUAAAGACUUCAUGCACAAAAGCAACCUCAGGCAGCAUUUAAAACUACACCGCAAUGAGCAAAACUAUGCCUGCGAAUUUUGCGGAAAACUGUUUACGUACAGGGAAAACAUGAAAACACACAUCCGUAUCCAUCAUCUUCAGGAAAGUCCUUACGCAUGUGACCCUUGCAGCAUGAAGUUUGUCGACGACGCCUCGCUCAGCAGACAUAUGACAGCAUGCCAUGCGGAACCAUAUCAACCAGCGGAUUUGGGGCCGCCACCCAUCAUGGGAGUAAUCGAGAGCACAAAUCAUGCGGCAAAGAACGAAAGCUAAACAUGGACUACGAGUUUUUAAAUAUCAAGGCGACAUACA